CUGUCAGGGCGGCCCUGACUUCUACGGCAGCAGCGUGAGCUAUCUGGGGGUGCCAGCCCACGACCUCCCCGAUUUCGACAUCAGUGCCUACUUCUCCUCGGCAGCUGACUUCAUUCACCGCGGCCUCAGCACACCUGGGGCCAAGGUCCUGGUGCACUGCGUGGUAGGCGUGAGCCGCUCCGCCACUCUGGUCCUGGCCUACCUCAUGCUGCGCCAGCAGAUGUCCCUGCGCCAGGCGGUGAUCACCGUGAGGCAGCACCGAUGGGUCUUCCAGAACCGAGGCUUCCUUCACCAGCUCUGCCAGCUGGACCAGAAGCUGCGGGGUGCAGGCCGGAGCUGAGGGGCCAGCCUACCCAGGUUCUUCAGACCCCAGAGAGGAUGGAAAAACUAGGAAAGAAAGGGCUGGAAAGCUUAAAAAUGGGAGAGAGCUGGUCCUUGCUCCCUGCCACGGGGCUCUGCCACUUUGCCACCCUGGCACUGGCCCUGCUGGCGCUGCCGGGGGCUCUGGCCCAGGUGGACACCCAGAAGAUGAUCAGAGCCCAGUGCGGGGUCCGGCCUACAGCCUGCUACUCCUUCCGCUUCCUCAGGCUGCCUGCACUUUCUCUCAGCCACUGUCUUCAGCCCCCACAGAAACAGCAGCAAGUGCGCAGAGACAAGCGGCUGGAAGUCAGCAGCACAACGUGCCUGUCAGACAAGACCAGAGCCCGGGCCAGAUCCCCCCGCAGGAUGGAUUCCCUGCAGAAGCAGGACCUCCGGAGACCCAAGAUCCACGGGUCAGUCUCUGUGUCGCCCUACCAGCCGCCCACGCUGUCCUCACUGCAGCGCUUGCUGUGGGUCCGUCGGGCCACCAUGCUGAGCCACAUCGACGAGGUCUGGCCCAACCUCUUCCUGGGAGAUGCGUACGCAGCCCGGGACAAGAGCAAGCUGGCCCAGCUGGGCAUCACCCAUGUUGUGAAUGUUGCUGCGGGCAAGUUUCAAGUGGACACAGGUGCCAAGUUCUAUCACGGAAUGCCCUUGGAGUACUAUGGCAUCGAGGCUGAUGACAACCCCUUCUUUGACCUCAGUGUCCACUUCAUGCCUGUUGCCCGAUACAUCCGAACCGCCCUCAGUGUUCCCCAAGGCCGCGUGCUGGUACACUGCGCCAUGGGGGUGAGCCGCUCCGCCACUGUCGUCCUGGCCUUCCUCAUGAUCUACGAGAACAUGACACUGGUGCAGGCCAUCCAGACGGUGCAGACCCACCGUGAUAUCUGCCCCAACUCGGGCUUCCUCCGGCAGCUCCAGGUUCUGGACAACCAACUGGGGCGGGAGACGGGGCGACUCUGACCUGGUGGACAGCCAGGAGCCCUGACCCUCUGAUUAGCGUGGCCCCACCCACCAGCCUGGCCCUGGGGACAGCAGCCUCUGCUGUUUCCAGUGACCUUGAGAUGAACAUAGCAAGUGGGGCUUAGCGGAGGCAGAGGCAGAGAGAGCUGGUUGGUGCCCUUUUAGCAGGUGGAUUUCCCUGACCCAAUCCAGAGAUUCUUUAUGCAAAAGAGUUCAGUCUCUCUCUAUAAUAAAAGGUUCAUCAUAAUAAAGA